GUAUACAGCUUGCAGCUUUGCAAGCUACACGCGGCGGCAACGGCAAACGGGAAGGAACGGUUGUAUGCUAGUAGCGGUCUAUGAUGUUUUUGGGAAUGAGGGGGUGCUAACCAAACAGCAUCAAGUGUAUUUACAAUUGUUCGAAAAAUACUGCUUAAUUUUUACGUUCGCUAUAUACGCUUACGCCAAAAUUUCUACCGCCCGCAGCAAAAAUGUAGAAAAUUAAAAUCAUAAUUUCAUUAUCGCACAAAGGCAAUCAUUAAUCGAUAAAUAAAUAAAUUUUAUUUCUUUUUGAAAAUUUAUCGCAUAGCGUCACGUGCUUUUUGUAAGUUUUUGUCAAUUUGCGUCCGAAAAAUUAUUUGCGGUUUUUGGUACUGUAAAUUUGUUCCUUCAUGGCUUUGAUUUUGACAGUUACAUCAUUGAUUUUCUUUAUUAUUCCCGCCAUGUGUGAAUCUCGAACUAUUCCGCUUGUUAUAAAUACGUGGGGUUUCAGAAAUGGAACUGCUAUAGCGUGGGAUGUAGUCUCUAGUGGUGGUUCUGCUCUUGAUGCUGUAGAGAGAGGCUGCUCUCAGUGUGAGAUAGAACAGUGUGAUCAUACAGUUGGUUAUGGUGGUAGUCCUGAUGAAAGUGGUGAAACUACUUUAGAUGCUAUGAUAAUGGAUGGAGUUACUCAUGAUGUAGGGGCUGUUGCAGACCUCCGCCGAAUCAAGAGUGCAAUAUCUGUUGCUAGAAAAGUAUUAGAGAAUACAGAACAUUCCUUAUUGGUUGGUGACCAAGCAACACAGUUUGCACUGAGUAUGGGAUUCAAAGAAGAAAAUUUAAGUACUCCAUUUUCAAUUCAGCUUUGGAAAAACUGGAAGAUGGAUAAAUGCCAGCCAAAUUUUUGGAGGAAUGUACAUCCAGAUCCUAAAGUAUCAUGUGGACCAUAUAAAGCAUUAGGGAGAACCAGUGUUCAGUUAAAGUCAAAUACUAAUCAUAGUCAGUCUAAAUUCAGCAUAAAUAAUCAUGAUACAAUUGGAAUGAUAGCCAUUGAUAAAGAUGGAAAAAUUGCUGGAGGUACAUCAAGUAAUGGAGCAAAAUUUAAAAUUCCAGGGCGAGUUGGAGAUUCACCUAUACCUGGCUCUGGAGCUUAUGUUGAUCAAGAAAUUGGUGGUGCUGCUGCAACUGGUGAUGGUGAUGUCAUGAUGCGCUUUUGCCCCAGUUACAACACUGUACUAAAUAUGCAACGUGGGAUGAAUCCUACUGAAGCUGCCCAAGAUUCAAUACAGCGCAUUAUAUCCAAAUAUCCAUCAUUUACUGGUGCAAUCAUUGCUGCGUCUAUAAGUGGAGAAUUUGGUGCUGCUUGUCAUGGAAUGAAAGAAUUUCCUUUCUGUGUUGCCAACUACAAUUAUGGAACAGUUACUAUUAAGUCUGUGUCAUGCAUUUAGGAUUCAUUGUUUAGAAUGGUUUUAGAUCUGUAUUUCAUACCAAAGAAGCAUUUCCAAGUAUGUCUGAUCAAGAGAAAUCAUAAAGAAGGUCUAUGCUAGAGUUUUGCAACUAAUGGGUAAUUUUGUGAUCUCGGAGAAAUUUUUUUAAUUCAGAGCAGCAAACUUAAACUGCAACAAAUGGCUCACAGCCAAAGAAUAACUUAGAGGCAUGCUUGAAAUCAUGUGAAACAAAGGAGAUGAAGUUAAAUUUAGGCAUCAUGCAAGCAUAGCAUAGUUAAAUUAAAAUGUUUUGUUUUUUAUAUUUUUAUACGAUAAUGUAUGUAUUGAUAUUUGUAUAAUUCAUGUUUAGAAAAUAUGAUAAACCUUAAAUUUAUGAACACCUUUAUAGCAUAUGAAAAUAAUUUAAAAAAUCAGUUUUCAAUGUACAUAUUAUUUAGAACCACUCACCUCAUAAAUGAGAGGGUGUGUUGUAUUAUUCUGCUGUGAUUUAUUGUUAUGAGAAAGGAGAAUAGAGCAAUUAAGGUUCAGAACAACUGCCUUAAGCUUAUCAAGAUGAUAAACUGCAUUUAAGCAUUAAUGAACUGUUUGUCAUAUCUUCCUAAGAAAAUGGCAGGCUGUGACUGUAUUCAAUGUUUAAUUAUUCCAGAUACUCAAAAAGUGUGUAUGGUUUCUUAUGUCCUAUAAAUAAUUGUAUUAUUACUGUAUUUUUAUGUAAAUUAUGUAAAAAUAAAGAGACCUUCAGUUUUUAUAUAAAAAAUUUAUUGUAUCAAAAAAUUAUUUUAUAUUGAUGACUUUAUUAAACAGUACUUUUAGACUGAAAAUCUGUCUUCUCUUCUUUUCUCAGAUGAGACAACAUAUAUUGAAUUAGUCAUUUACAUACAUUUUAGUAUACAUUUCUUCAGAGAUAUUUUCAGUAGUUAAAUACAUAGAAAGCAUAUGCAUUUUGUUUUCUAGUGUGAUAUUUUAGUAAUGUAAAAUAUUGUAUGAAUUAUGUUCAAUUAAUUUAAAUUUGUCUUGUUUGUGUGAUUUAGGUUGAAAGGUUGUACCAAGAAAAAAUAUUACUGCUUUAUAAAUUGCAAAACAAAAGUGUUUGUUGAUUACAGACCUCAACUGCUUUCAUAUAUUCUUUCAAUGGACCUGUUUUAAAUAGGUGCUUAUGUCUUUUAUAGUUAGGACUGUACAAAAGCAUGAAACACUGAGGAUCUAAUUUUCUAGCAUUCAAGUAUUCUUUCAAUGGACAUGUUUUAAAUAGGUGCUUGUAUCUUUUUAUAGUUAAGACUGUACAAAAACAUGAAACACUGAGGAUCUAAUUUUCUAGUUUUACAUUAAAAAUUGACAAAAAUUAAUAAAAAACAAUGGAUUGUUUUUAAGCAACAAAAUAAAAAUUCUGUAUUAACAUGGAAAAUUCGAAAUUUUGUUUGUUAAUAUGAAUCAUAUAAUAUUUUAGAGCUAAGAACCAUUACAGACAUUUUGCUUUAAGCAUCACAGUGCAAUUAUUAAUUAUAUUGGCAUCUCCGAGAGCAAGAUAUAAUUAAAAUUGUACUGAUACACAUAUAUAUAUUUCAUAUUUUUUGGUUUGCCAUUACUGAAAGUGGGCUUGGAAUGUCCAUUUUAGUUAAGUUUUUUUUUUUCAAAAUGACAAACUUCUAGUACUUUUAAGGAAUAUAUGUACUUUCAGGUAACCUUUAAUAUGCAGAAUGGAAACUAAUUUCAUAAAGUGUCAUAUUAAUUUCCUUUUUCUAAAUCAAUUUAAAAUACCACUGAUUUCAAGUUAGAUAUGCAUAUGAUAAUAUAUCUUAUGCAUAUGAUAAUCACAAAUUUUGCUAUAUUUGAUUUUUAAAAUUAAUAGCUUUUUAAAAUUAAUAGUGCCUCAAACUAUUUUAUGGAGUAUUUUAGAUGCUAACAUGUCUAUUAAAGUACUAAAAUGAAUACUGCCCCUUGCUGUAUAGAAAACAUAUAUCUUCUGCAAUAAUGAUGCUUAACUCAGAAGCAUAGAGCACUGAGAAUUUUUCUUUUUUUUUUCCAAGAUGGUAACUGCUUUGAAAAGGGUGAUAAAAGUGAAAUCUUUGAGUUGUUAGCAGAUUUAUCUUCUCCUUUGAAACUGCUGGAAGUCUUUUCUUUAUUGUGUAGCUUUUCAUGAAAGUUGGAGUUCCAUAGAAAACUUUUAACAUGCAGUUUGCUGUAUUUGAGCACCAUGAAACCCAUCAUAAGUAGAGAAAAGUAAUACGCUUCUGAGUUCAAUUAUCAUUUUCCAUGAACUAAAAUUUAUCACCUAAGAAAUACGUUAUUAAAUAUCACUGUUUUUAAGUAAUUACGAUGAAAUGAUUAUGAUGAUAUAUUUAAAUUCAUUUUCUCGAUUUAUUAAGAUAAACUUAACGCAAGUUUUCUAAAUGGAAGUCAUCUCUAAGGAACAUUACAGUUAAGUAGAUUUAGUUUGAAUUCAGAUGAAUUAGUAGUUAAGCCUGCAUUCUGUCUCUAGACAUUCUUUAUGUUUUUAGUGAGGAAGAUCAAGGUUAAAAAAUAUUUCAAAUCGUAACAUAAAAUAAAUUUUAAAGUGAGUAAUAUAGUUAAUUUCUAAUUCUUUAUUUAAUUUUGUGUUUGCUAUUUAAAUUCUCCAAAGUUUUGUAUUGUAAAUAAUACUUAAUGAUUGUUUUUACGUAAAAUAUGAUAUUCAUUUUAAGUACCGUAGAGAAACCUGUGUCUUUUGCAUAUGAUAAUCACAAAUUUUGCUAUAUUUGAUUUUUAAAUUUUCUGGUCAUAUAUUCUAGUACUCAUUACUUCCAGCACAAACAUUUAGUAUUUUGUUUUUUGGGAAGCUGCUUAAUGCAAGUUCAGUUUUUUAUAUCUGCAUCAUACUUUUUGCCAUAGCUGAAAUGAAUUCAUGUUUCUACUGUGGAAGGGAAGUUUCAAAAUGGAGCUCUAUAAACGUUUUUGAAAAAUUAUUGAUUUCUUAAUCUAAUUUUUAAGAAUAUGGAAUAUCUUGCUAUAUGGUUUUGAGUUUGAAGACAAAAAUUCUAAUUUUUAAUAUUUAAAAUACUUAAGUUGCUUGUAAAGCUUGUAGUAUAAAGUAUUUUCACAUAACUAAAUCUAACUAGAAAUUUCGUUUUAUACAUUUAAGAUCUUAGCACUUCCUUUUGAUUACAACUUCUCUAUUAUAUUUUGGAGGUAUCAAGUAUGUAUGAAUUACAAAUCAGUGAAAUAGAGUUUUUAAAUCUGUUGUUUCUCUGAUGGAUUUAAUUCAUAUAUAUGUAUAGCUAAGAAAAGAUUUUCAUUUGUUGGACCUUCAUGUGUAUGUCAAAAUAUCAAAGUCGUUCUAUACAUGUCAAGAGAAAUGAUUAUUUGAAACUACUGUUAUUAAGGUACGAUAAUGCACAUAUGUAUCUUGUAAUUUUUAUUAUGUGGGAUUCAUUUGUUAACAAGUGUAUUAACCAUGUGUGCAGCAUUGAAAUAAGGCCAAAAGAGGUUUGUUUUGUCUAUCAUAGUUUGCAUUUCUCUUUGUUGAUACUCAGUUACUGUUACAAAAUCAUCUUUUGCUUUUGGAUUGUGUUCACUACUAAGCACAGCUAUUUGUUUGUAAUACGAAGUGAAGAAAUUUACCUAACUAAGAUAUUUCUAAGAUUUGCAUAUGUAUUGAAGCAGCUAAAGUAUUUAUAAUUUGCUUUUCAAUUUGAAUGUAUUUGGUAAAUGAGGAGUUUCUUUUGAUGUAUAAAAUGCUGGUAAUGAUCCACCUAGUAUUAAAAAUGUUUUUACUACAUUCGAUAAAAUGAGACGCGUUAAUCUAACACAACUGUGUCAUGCUUUUGGCUCAGUUAUUUGAACCUACGCAAGAGAGACUAAGUUCAUUUUCGUUGAGGGUAAAAAAUACUAUAUUUAUGUCCCAUGGUUAUAAAAUGCUCAACAUGUCUCUAAAUGGUUGUGUGUUACCUUCUCAGAAAUCAC